AUGGUAAUAUCUCACAUCCCGAGUGAGUUACAGACGGGCAAGUCUGCCGUAUCCAGCAAAAAGAUGCCGUCGGAGUUCGCACAAUCUCUUUUGGCGGCUGCAGAAACUAGCCACGAGCCUAUUGGAAGUUCAGAAGGAGAUGUUACAUCGAGACGAUCGGAGGCUAGCCUGGGCGGAAUACCAGAAGAGCUCCUUCUGUACAUCCUGCAGCACUUGAAACACCAAAAGGAUGAUCUGGCCAGACUCUGCCGAGUAGACAAGCGCUGUAAGCGUAUUUCUCAAGAGUUGCUAUAUGAAACUGUGGGGGGUAUUCGACCACAUCACGAGGACGCACAUGCGAUUUCCCGCUGGCCCACGCUAGCCCGGAAUGUGCGGACUCUUGUAUACGCCUUUACAGAUUCUGAAGACAAGGAGUCCGAAAGAGAAGUUUUUCUCCAUGUCCUCAAAAACGGACACAGCAUUCGCUGGAUGACAUUGGGCGUCGAUCUCGCCAAACGCGACAAUGAUGAGCCAACGAAUGCAAGGGAUACUACAGCGGGUUGGCUAAGAUUAUUCAACCAAGCCAUUGCCCCAUCACUCGAGCCUCGCAAUCGGUUCACCAAACUCACCCAUCUCUGCAUCAAGGCCAGACGCCUGGCGUCGAGGGAUUUCCCAAUUGAAUCCUUAUCCAGCCUCUUCCGCCUUCCCUCGCUCCUGCACCUCCAACUGGAUGGCUUCCAUCAAACCACGCCCUUUAAGUCCUGGGCUAUACCCCCGUCAAGCAGCCCGAUCAAAGAACUCUUCUUACACCGCGCAAUGCUCGACAUCGCCGCCUUAUCCCACCUCAUAAUCUCCAUCCGCUCCCUCGAGCAUUUCGAAUACAACUUCCACACCGCCCCCUGGGAGCCCUUUGCCACAGAAUCAAACCCGCUAUCCAUCUUCCCCAAUCACUCCUGGAGUUCGUUGGGCGCCGCACUACGACAUCACCGAACCUGCCUCGGGCGUCUCUCACUCUCCGACGCUUCCGACGCCGAAAUCAUCGGCACGGUUUACCCCGAGGGCCACGACUUCGGCGUCCUUGGCUCGUUCGGCGAGUUUGAAUGUUUGCACAGGAUGGCUUGUCCAAUCGAGGUAUUUGUAGAUGUUGACUGUGUAGUGGAUGCGGAGUUCUUAGCGCUGUUGCCGCCCCGGUUGGAAGCAUUCAGCACGAUUGUGAGGGAGAAGGAGGCGGAUGAGGCGGCGGGGCAUGUCGCGCUUGUGACUUCGCUGCGGAAGGCUAUAGGAGCGAGGAGACUGGAGGUAUCGGUGUACUUUCAGUACAUAUGUCGGUGCCAAGCACUGACUUCGCAGCGCCUGAGCGACGCCGCCAAACGCGCGAUGGAGAGUGGGGUUGUGCUAUUUUUUAAGGGUGGGGAGAAGGAUCAGGAGGCGUGGGUUCUGGGGCGCGAAAUUGGAGAAGACGAGCAAGACGAGGAUAGCUCCAUGGAAGACGACGACGAUGACGACGACGAGACCAUGGACGAUGGACAUGAGGGGUGA